AUGCAGACCUCCUCAUUGGACGACGUGCCGCUCGACAGCUCUGACGCGGGGGAACGACGCGGGUCUCGACGGCGCCCGCGGGAGGCGAAAGCGUCGAUGCACCGCCUUGUGAUGGAGUAUCUAGUAAGCAAAGGCUACCGGGAAGUAGCAGAAGCGUUUCUGCGUGACUCGGAUACCAAACCAACCGUCGACUUACAGAUGGUGCAGGAACGCAUGAGUGUGCAGCAGCUGCUACUAGACGGACGUAUCCAGAGUGCACGUGCUAAGCUGGUGAAGAUGGACCCCAACUUGCUGCAGAAGGAUAGCGCGAUGGACUUUUUGUUGGUCAAACAAGAGCUGCUCGAGCUGAUUAGAGAGCAGGAUAUUGAAGAAGCGCUGCAGUUUGCUGUCAAGAACCUCGCACCGUUCGGUCAAAUGGGUCCCCAGUUUCUUCACGAGAUUGAACGGACGAUGUCUCUCCUCGCGUUCCAAAAUCCGUCCGAGUCACCGCUGGGACACUUGCUGGAGCAAUCUCAACGCCGCCAGGUCGCGGACGAAGUCAACUCUGCGAUCUUGCGGAGCCAAGUGCAAGAACCCGAGCCCAUGCUAUCCUUAAUGGUCCAACAAUUUUAUUACAUGGAAGAACAACUGGAAGCUAAACUUGAUCACCACUCGCAAGGCGUCCGACUCGAAGACCCGACUCGCUAG